CCGAACUUCCAAGCCACUGACAGAAUCAUGAUAUAAAAUCCGCGCAUAAAGACCUAUGAAGUUGGCAGUAAAUAUAGUUCAGCUUCUCUUCCUCUGAUUCUUAUUCUGAUCCCAACCAUGCUCUUCCCACUGCUACUGAUCACCAUGCUUCUAAACCCAUUCCGACCAUGUGAGGGCUCUCCGACUUUCCAAGAGGAAUACCGGAGUAGUAGCUAUGUACCAGAAGUGAUUGAAACCUCUCUGGGCCGUCGAAUUGUGGCGCCAGAUACUCCUUACGUGGCUGCAGCCGGUCGUAACGCCUUAUACUUCAUCGACACCCGGUUUGAUCCUGAGACGGCGCAGCAUAUUAAACUACAAAUUGAAAAGGCCUCCGUACCACAACCAGACGAGUACGUUGCCAUUGACGAGAUUGAGGCUACGGCAGAAUUGAAAAAUUCCGUGACUGGUGAAACGACCUUUGUAUUCGACCCGCCCUAUGCUCGGGUGCUGUUCGCCAAAGGUAUAAACAGACAUAACCCGGACAUCAAACUACCGGAGCAUGAGCCGGCCGGCGACUGGUUAGUGAAAUACGACCUGGACAAUAUCCUGACGACGAAGCGUGCCAAUAUGUUCUGCUACGAUUAUGGAUGUUACAACGCCCAAGACUGCAUACACCAGACCAAUGGCAACUGUGACAUCUGUCACACGUAUCGGGUGGAUAACGAGUGUGACCAAACACUGACAAAUGCCAUUGGUCUAUGUCACCCAAAGCUCUGCUCUAAGGCAGUUGACACCCCCAAAGAAGAUGGAGAGACGGAUGCGAGUUACUAUCAGCGCAUGGACAAGUUGCACUGGGGAGAGCAGGAAGACCAGUGAUUUGCUGAUAAGGGAGGACUAGACACAGAGGCUUUAAGGGUGGGAGGGAAAUGGGCCAAGUGAUUCUCGGGCUGCUUGUCAUUGUGUAAGUCGUUCAAAGAGACAUUCCGUUCGCACUACGUUAGCUAGAGCUUUAUCAUGGAGAAGGAAAAUACUUGAGAACUCGAAUAACCACUAUAAAGGUACAUACCUUAAGUAAAU